GCAGUGCUGCCACUAGGAUCGAAAUGCGGUCACACAGACAGCUGAUUUUCGCAAUUGGGGGGUUUGUUUGGUCCACAGAGCUACACGUUUAUCCACGCUUACAUUCGCCAAUCUAGCCAUGGAGAAAAUCUACAGCAGUGUCGGCGUUUUGGAGCAGAACGGCAGGAAGAGUGACGAACUAUGCGUCACGCUGUUCCUUUCUUGCGUCCACAGGAACGUGUCCACGUCCACUGCAAUGGGCGAACUGAUCGUAUUCGUGCUGUUCCUGGUGGGUACAUUCUACACAAUCAUCUUUUUCUUCCGGCUGGCGCUGUCCUUGGUGAAACCCUUCCUGACAGUGGUUAUCGCCCUAUUAAUCUUCAGAUUCCUGGUAAACGAACGCAACUAACAUUAGGAAAUUGGCCAUGGCCAUGGUGUGUUAACCAUACCGGGUGUAGUGGCCACGGUCGUGGAGGUGCUCACACGGCGUUUAAACUGUAUUAAGUAAAUCAAAUGGUAAUACUUUCAAAUUCAUGCUCACUGUAAAUAAAAUUAAACGUUUUGUACUCGAUGAA